UGGUGGCCGCCACCCCGGACCCAAACCAUCCCCGACAAACCGACUUGUACUUUGUGAUCACGUUCGAAACUCCUUGCGCAUCCAGCAAGUAACCGAUUCCAAAGUCAAGAUGUCGUCCGACGAGAUUGUUUGGCAGGUGAUCAACCAGCAGUUUUGUUCCUACAAACUGAAAACCACGAAGGGACAAAACUUCUGCCGCAAUGAAUACAACGUCUCGGGGCUGUGCAACCGGCAAUCGUGCCCGCUGGCCAACUCGCGGUACGCGACGGUGCGGUCGGACCCGGAGACCGGGGUGAUGUACCUGUACAUGAAGACGGUGGAGCGGGCGCACAUGCCGUCGAAGUGGUGGGAGCGGAUCCGGCUGUCGAGCAACUACGCCAAGGCGCUGGAGCAGCUGGACGAGCGGCUGAUCUACUGGCCCAAGUUCCUGGUGCACAAGUGCAAGCAGCGGCUGACGCGGCUGACGCAGGUGUCGCUGCGCAUGCGGCGCCUCGCCAAGGAGGAGGAGCGCCUCGGCGAGACCGUCGUGCCCCGCCUGGCGCCCAAGGUGCGGCGCCGCGAGGCCACCCGCGAGCGCAAGGCGGAAUCGGCCGCCAAGAUCGAGCGCGCCAUCGAGCGCGAGCUGAUCGAGCGGCUGCGCAGCGGCGCCUACGGCGACCGGCCCCUGAAUGUGGAGGAGGGCAUCUGGAAGAAGGUGCUGCGCGGGUUGGAGCGCACGGGCGAGGGCGAGCGCGAUGAGGAUCUUGAUGAUGGGGAGCGUAUUGAGGAUGAGGAAGAAUUGGAGGAGGAGGGCGAGGAGGGCGUUGGCCAGGUGGAGUAUGUUAGUGAUGUGGAGGAGAGUGAUCUCGAGGAUUUGGAGGAUUGGAUCGGUGGGGAGUCCGCGGAUGAUAGUGAGGAUUUCAGCGAGGAUGACGAGGAGGAGGAUAGUGAGGAUGAGGAGGACAGUGAUGAGGAGGAUGACUCGCAGCACAGUGAGGAUGAGGGCGCCGCCAAGAAGAAGCCCGCCCCCGGCUUCAAGCGCAAGCGCCCUGCUCCCCAGGCUAAGCCCCGCAAGAAGGGUCCCCGCAUCGAGAUCGAGUAUGAGACUGAGGGGCCUGGAAAGGUUCUGGCUUAAGUUCGUUGCUGGAUUGUGGAGGGGAUGGGGGGUUUAUUACAAAAAGCUCGGUUGUGGUCGUGUUUUCGUAUGGCGUUGUUUCGGUUCGAGUUUCGUUGAUGUAUCUACUGACUUACCUUUCUUUCGUUGUUGCUCAUGCUGCGAUCGGGCAUAUCAUACCCAGCCAUUGCAUAUAGCUUGUUGAAUGAUUGUU